AUGACCGUCGCCCGCGCCAUCCUCGACGAACCUCUCCUCCUCGCUGCGGCAGAACAACUCGCCCGCGCUCACCACGCGAAGUACGAUCCCUCGCACGACUUCUACCACGUCGAGCGGGUGCGCCGACUCGCACUCUCCAUCGCACGCUCCCUCCCCGACCUAGUGGACUCGCUCGUCGUCGAACUCGCCGCGCUCUUCCACGACCUCCUCGAUGCGAAGUACCUUCCCAGAGACGCGCCUGUACCAUCUGCGCAAGAGCAUCUUGCUGGGUUCUGGGCGGAGAACGGCGCAGGGUUGAGCGAGGAGAGGAGGAGGCUCGUCGAGCGGAUUAUCGAGAACGUCUCGCAUUCGAAGGAGGUCAGGCGGAUCAAGGAGGGCAGGCAGACCGAGUGGCAUGAGACGUGUAGCGAGCUGCAUUGCGUGCAAGACGCGGACCGGCUAGACGCCAUCGGAGCCAUCGGCAUUAUGCGCUGUUCCGCCUACUCCGCCCUCGUCUCCCGCCCGCUCUACAUCCCUCCCUCUCCCCCCUCUCCCUCAGCAGCGGAAGACUACUCCACAUGCGCCCUCGCGCACUUCGACGACAAGCUGGUGAUCCUUCAUGAGCGGAUGAGGACGGAGAAGGGGAGGGAGAUGGCGCGGAGGAGGACGGAGGUGUUGAGGGGGUUUAAGGAGGAGGUGGAGAGGGAAUGGAGGGAGGCGUGUGGAGAUGAGUGA